AUGUUCCGCAAGAAGAAGAAGAAACGCCCAGAGAUCUCUGCUCCACAGAACUUCGAGCACCGUGUCCACACGUCGUUUGACCCAAAGGAGGGCAAGUUUGUGGGUCUGCCCCCACAAUGGCAGAAUAUUCUGGACACGCUGAGACGCCCCAAGCCGGUGGUAGACCCCUCAAGGAUCACGAGGAUGCAGCUCCAACCUAUGAAGACCGUGGUGCGUGGCAGCACCGUGGAAGUGGAAGGCUACAUCUCCGGGUUACUCAACGACAUCCAGAAGCUUUCUGCCAUCAGCUCGAACACUCUGAGGGGCAGGAGCCCCACCAGCAGGAGGAGAGCCCAGUCCCUUGGGCUUCUGGGGGACGAGAGGCCCCCAGACAUGUAUCUUCAGAGUCCUGAAGCAGACUGGGCAGACAAAUAUGGAAACUACCUCAAUUGCAAUGGUGGGACCAAGGUGACGCGGAGGCAGACCAUGUGGCCGGACUACAAACCCCGGCUGGAGGGCCAGGCCCAUCCCAACGGUAUGGUGACUAAAGCCCAGUCCCUGGGGCCUUCAGAGUUCCAGGGCACUGACAGCAGCUGCCUCCAGCGCAGCUCUGGCCUGCAGCACAUGCCGGUGCUGCCGGGGGACAGCGAGGUGGGAACCAAGAGCCCGGAAGAGUGCUGGCCUCAGCGACAAGCCAACGCCAGGCCCUCGGGGGAGGGCAGCCCCAACUCCAAAUCACGGGAGAACAGCCUGAAGAGGAGGCUGCUGCGCAGUGUGUUCCCCUCAUCCGGCGCCUCGAACAAGCCAGGCCCUUCCCUGCAGAUCAAGCCUAAUGCUUUCUUCAGGCCCCAGCAGUGGGGGUCCCCCCACAGCCCUGCAGCCAAAGCCCAGUCUCUCCCACCAGACCAGCCUGCAUCUGAUUUCCCCAGGAUGAUUUCAGAAGCUGGGACCCCCCAGAAAUCCCCAACAGCAGAGAAGGCAGUGGCAGUGCCACCAGGCAGACCUUCACCAGCAGGGUCCCCCAGGAACCGGCAGACCCAGACGAGUUCCAGCAACCUCCACCUUCCCCAGGACUCUGCUGGGAAAGGGCCACUGGCCAGCGAGGACCCGGUGGUGGUGACCCACGAGCAGUUCAAGGCUGCCCUCAGGAUGGUCGUGGACCAGGGGGAUCCCCGGGCAAUGCUGGAGAACUAUGUCAAGAUUGGGGAAGGGUCCACAGGCAUCGUGUGCAUCGCUCGGGAGAAGCACUCGGGGCGGCAGGUGGCUGUGAAAAUGAUGGAUCUGAGGAAACAGCAGCGCCGGGAGCUCCUCUUUAAUGAGGUGGUGAUAAUGAGGGACUAUCAACAUGUCAACGUGGUGGAGAUGUACAAGAGCUACCUUGUGGGAGAGGAGCUCUGGGUGCUGAUGGAGUUCCUGCAGGGGGGAGCCCUCACAGACAUUGUGUCUCAGAUCAGGCUAAACGAGGAGCAGAUUGCCACAGUGUGUGAGUCGGUGCUGCAGGCUCUGACAUAUCUCCACUCUCAGGGGGUCAUUCACAGAGACAUCAAGAGUGACUCCAUUCUUCUGACGCUGGAUGGGAGGGUCAAACUCUCAGAUUUUGGCUUCUGUGCUCAGAUCAGUAAAGAUGUACCUAAAAGGAAGUCUCUGGUGGGUACUCCCUACUGGAUGGCUCCAGAAGUUAUUGCAAGGAUACCAUACACCACCGAGGUGGAUAUCUGGUCCCUGGGCAUCAUGGUGAUAGAGAUGGUGGAUGGAGAACCUCCCUACUUCAGUGAUUCUCCAGUCCAGGCAAUGAAGAGACUCCGUGACAGUCCUCCUCCCAAACUGAAAAACUUCCACAGGACCUCCCCAGUUCUGAGAGACUUCUUGGAAAGGAUGUUGACACGGGAUCCGUUGGAAAGAGCAACGGCACAAGAACUUCUGGAUCACCCUUUUUUGCUCCAGACAGGACUUCCAGAGUGCUUGGUACCCCUCAUCCAGCAGUACAGGAAACGCACCUCCACCUGCUGA